AUAGAACACUGUCUUCUCUCUCCACACCACUCCUUUCUUCUACAAAAACCAAACCACCAUUUCUCCUUUCUUACAGAUUCUUGAUUCCACAUUUCUUUCUUCUUCUCCCACCAUGUCAACCCUCACUUGCUCCGUCUCUGACCUCGCUCCUCUUCUGGGAACCUCCUUCAAUGACACCUCCGCCGCCGCCACUUAUCUCUGCUCCCGCUUUCAAACCAUCUCCAACUCUCUCUCCGACACCUCCUACGCCGUCAACUCCACUUAUCUCCUCUUCUCCGCCUACCUCGUCUUCGCCAUGCAGCUCGGCUUCGCCAUGCUCUGCGCCGGCUCCGUUCGCGCCAAAAACACCAUGAACAUCAUGCUCACCAACGUCCUCGACGCUGCAGCCGGAGCCAUCUCUUAUUACCUCUUCGGCUUCGCCUUCGCCUUCGGCGCGUCCUCGAAUGGCUUCAUUGGCUACCAUUCCUUCGGCCUCGAAAACGUUCCUUCAAGCCAGACUGACUACAGCUUCUUUCUUUAUCAAUGGGCUUUCGCCAUAGCCGCUGCUGGAAUUACCAGUGGCUCCAUUGCUGAGAGGACCCAGUUCGUUGCUUAUUUGAUUUACUCCUCCUUUUUAACCGGGUUCGUUUACCCAAUAGUUUCCCAUUGGUUUUGGUCCAGUGACGGCUGGGCCAGCCCGACCCGAGCAGACAACCUUUUAUUUGGGUCUGGUGUGAUCGAUUUCGCAGGUUCGGGCGUGGUUCACAUGGUCGGUGGGAUCGCCGGGUUGUGGGGUGCUUUUAUUGAAGGCCCGAGGAUCGGUCGGUUUGACCGGUCGGGCCGGUCAGUGGUGUUACGUGGACAUAGUGCAUCGUUGGUGGUUCUCGGGACGUUUCUCUUGUGGUUCGGCUGGUAUGGGUUUAACCCGGGUUCGUUUUUGACUAUAUUGAAGAGUUACGGUGAGAGCGGAGGGUAUUAUGGACAAUGGAGUGCUGUAGGGAGGACAGCUGUCACUACUACAUUGGCUGGGUGCACAGCAGCUCUAACGACCCUGUUUAGUAAAAGAUUAAUGGUGGGUCAUUGGAAUGUAGUUGAUGUUUGCAAUGGUUUAUUAGGGGGUUUUGCUGCAAUCACCUCAGGGUGUUCAGUGGUAGAACCAUGGGCUGCAAUCAUCUGUGGGGUCGUAGCAGCUUGGGUUUUAAUCGGGUGCAACAAGCUCGCGGAGAAACUUAAGUACGAUGAUCCACUUGAGGCGGCCCAAUUGCACGGUGGGUGCGGGUCAUGGGGCGUACUCUUCACGGGCCUAUUCGCGAAGGAGGCAUAUGUGAACGAAGUGUAUCCGGGGCGGCCGGGGAGGCCGUUUGGGUUGUUUAUGGGUGGUGGAGGACGGCUCUUGGCUGCUCAGAUCAUACAAAUUUUAGUGGUAGCAGGGUGGGUGACGGCUACUAUGGGUCCACUAUUUUAUUUGCUACACAAAAUGAAGUUGCUAAGGAUAUCAAGCGAUGAUGAGAUGCAAGGGAUGGAUAUGACGAGGCACGGGGGAUUUGCAUAUGCUUAUCAUGAUGAAGAUGAUCCAUCAAUUAAACCGGCGUAUGUGAUGAGGAGAAUUGAGCCUACCAAUGAAUCCACCACACCAGAUUAUGAAAUUUCUCCACCACCAACAAAUGUGCAUGUUUGAUAAAAAUAAGUGUUACAAAACACGUUGUAUGAUAUUUUUAUUUAGAUGGGUAAUUUUUAAUGGUUA